AUGUCCUGGAAUCGGCCUCAGCUGAAGAGCGGCGUCGAUCUGCAGCUGCAGACCGCCUUCAACGACGGACAAUGGGCCAACGUCAUUCGUCUCGCCGAGAAGCGAUUCCGGACCUUCAACGACCCCUACUAUGAGGUCGUGAAAAUCGUCGCAGAGAGCCAUCUAGAGUCGCCCCUUGAAAAGGCUGCGCCUCUGAUUACCCUGGAGAAGCUAGUCAAGGAUGCAUCCGCCGUGAGAGAUGCCGACUCGCUUGAGUUGUUGGAAUGGGCGUCCGAGGGACUGCUUGAGGACCAUGAGUUUUCUGAAACCUUUGGGCCCCUGAAGCUGCGUUACGUGAAGGCCAACCCGAAGGACAAGAACGGCGGAACGAGGUGUUUGGAGUCAUGUCUGCUGCACUGGGACCUCGUCAGCGCGCAACAAAUCAGCGAUCAAUGUCCGGCUGGAAAAAAGCAGCUCUACGGCAUGCUCGCCCUUAAGCAGAUGCAGCGCGCGGCGCAGUUUGCAGAGCAGCAUAGUGGCGCGGAGAAGAACGGCAACGUCCCUGAUCGAGCCAUCAAGACUGAAGAGGAGAUCCUCCUUUUCUAUCGCAUCAUGGAGGCUCAUGCAUCGGAUGCCGAGUGGGAUGCCGCCCUCAAGGGCCCUACGCUCAACCCCGUAUACCAACUCAAGUCAGGCCGCAAGGACCUGUUUCUCCAGACAAUUGAAGUUUUUGAGCGAAAGGAGAAGUGGAAGACAGUAUACGACCUUUGCAAGGCGUGCCUGUCAAUGACCGACGACAAGGGGCAGCUGAGUCUGUUGGCAUGCGACUGGGCUGUGUGGAAGAAGUUCCUUAAUGCUGCGGGCAGGAUAGGAGAGUCUGCGCAAGAAGUCUCUACCGAGGUGUCCUCGCUCAUCGAUCGUUUCCUUGCACAGGAAAACAUACGAUCUAUUUACAAGCGCAACAUCUACCUGGCUAGGGUAGAAGCCGCCUUUCAAUUCGCGCAGCCUAACUCGGCCACUGAUGGAAAUUCCAGCGAGUUCGAGCAGCUAUGCCGCUACAUUGACGUUGAAUCCGUAUCACCCGCCUGCUUCGAAGAUGUCAAGGGUUUCGCCGAACGCCUUUCGCCCCAGGAGAUCAAGGAGCUCGCCUACGAGUAUGUACCACGCUUGGCAAAGGAAACUGAAGACGCUUCGAAGUCAGCAGCUGUACGAACGCUGGCUUUCAAACUGCAGUAUCUCGGCCUGUCCUCAUCAAAGACGAUUGUCCCUGUUCCCAACGACGACCCGAAGAAGGCAAAUGACUGGAAGUGCAUAGUCUGCUCUACUUCCAAUAAGUCAUCAUCCUGCACCGCCUGCUUGAAGACGCUUCUGGAGUCGGCGCUCUCUCUGUACUCCUCCCUCAUCAACUCCUCCGAAAUCAGCCAAACGCUGGACUGCAUACCAGAACUCGCCAUCCUGGCGGCCACUUGCCUCGUCAGGCUGAGCGGCAUGCACGAGCGCGGCAUCGAUAACCCCACUUCCCUCUCCAAGACUAGCCGACAAGAUCGCCUCCUCCAAGCGGCCCUCAUCAUCGAGGAUCAGCUCACCAGAACCCCAAAGCACACCAGGCUAACACUCGUGCUGGUUCGCAUCUACCUCGUCCUCGGCUGUGCGUCGCGGGCGAGAGAGGUUUGGGACACGGCGGACGUGAAGCGCACAAUCAUUGACUCCCUCGGCCCGUACUUCUUCGACCGCCUGUCGACCGUCGCCCCGACGCUGGUCCUGCCGCCCAACAGCCCCGGAAGGGCCCUGAUGCAAGGGCUGAAGGCUCACUACCAGACAUCCCUGAAGCUGAGAAUGCCCAGGAGACUGGCCGAUGCCUUCGACUCGGAGAGCUACACUGCGAUCCUCGACAUUCCCGGCUACAUUGAGCGUCUGCGUAGAAGCUGUACCCUCGUUAUGGGGUACGUGGAGGAGUCGAGAGCUGGGCGAGCCCUGGAUGUUCGCAGCGAUUCCAUCUUUGACGAGCCUGCGGUUGAGGAGAUUGUCGACGAGACCGUCCUAAGAGACAUUAUCGACUACGGAUCCGUGCCUAACCUGGAAUCAUCGACCAGCAGGCCAAUCUGGGACGUCCUGCGCCUCGGGCCCGAUCCAUCGAACAUCCGCUCCCACCUCGCCCUCAGCGCAGAGUCCUUCUUCGACCUCCUAUCAUACAAGGCCCCGUCCUCGUACAAGGUCACCAACGCCGCGCAAGCCGCCGCCGCAGAACAGACCUACAUCCUCGAGUCCCUGCAACGCCUCAACACCUCCAUGAGCAGGUUCCUCCACGCCCGCGGCACGCACCUCACCCAGCAGGAGGAAAUGUACUACGACAUCAUCUCCCUCCUCACCUCCCUGAUCGCCCUCGCCGUCUCCGCCAGCCGCACCCCGCCGCCUCCGGAGCUGCUCUCCAGCAUCGCCUCCGCCGUCAAAUCCGGCCUGGACGUCCUCCGCGCGCAGGCCCUUGCCGGGACGGCGGAUGAGUCCCAGGUGCUGCUGAUGCUCGGCUCCCUCCACGGCCUCUUCGUGCUCCGCGACGCCGCCGCGGCCGUGAAGCUCGCGACGUCGUACAUCGUGGCGUUCAACGAGCGCGAGAAGGAGCGGGACCGCUCCGGACAGAGCAACAUCCCCAAGGACGUGAUGGCGCAUGUGAAGACGCUGGAGGCAGCGGCGGCCACGGCGUUGAAGGAGGGCAAGGCGCGCGUGGCGUUCUUGAAGAAGGAGAGCGAUUCUUUGGGCGCGCGCCUGGGGAGGUGGACCUUUGAGGCUGAGGACGGCGACAAGCUGGCUCAGCAGAUCCGCGAGGUCGCCGGCAUACACGUCGGCGUGUGGACGCAAAAGGUCGCCGACAGCUGGCGGACGAAUGUCAAGGGAUGGGAGAUGGUGCAGUGGGAGUGA